AUGGAGGCUCGGGCUGCUGCUGCGGACGAGCCCGAGUCUGCGGCGACGUCCUCCUCCUUUCAGGCCAGGCUCUGGAAGAACCUGCAGCUGGGGGUGGGCAAGAGUAAAGGCAGAAGGGGCGGGCGCGCGGGGGCCCCUGAGAGCCACACUGCAGACACCCCGUCGCCUUCUCCACCGCCCCCGAGGGGCAGGCGGGACGCAACGGCCGGCGUGGGCGGCACGGGCAGCAGGUGGAGUGGCUUCAAGAAGCGGAAACAAGUGCUGGACCGCGUCUUCUCCUCAUCCCAGCCCAACCUGUGCUGCUCCUCCCCGGAGCCCCUCGAGCCCGGAGGGGCUGGCAGACCAGAGCAGGGGUCAGCGUUGCGCCGCCGGAUCCGCGAACAUUUGUUCCCCCCGGGAAAGGGGUCCUCGGCAGCCGCUGGAGCAGCCGGAGGGACGCCUCCUGGCGGACGCUCCCCCGACUCCGCUCCGUCUUCGUCCUCCGCCUCAUCCUCCCUGUCCUCCUCGCCCCAACCGCCCCCGAGGGGGGACCGCACGCGAGAUGAGGAUGCACAGCGUCGGGGCCCCGGAGCGCACUUGUGCCAUCAGAAGAGCUCCUCCCUGCCGGGCACCGCCUGCCUGGAGCAGCUGCUGGAGCCGCCGCCUUCUCAGCCGCCCGCAGAGCCAGCGCGGAGCCCCGCAGAACUCCGGACAGCCGAGAAGGAUGAGGAGCGCGGCAGCAGCCAGAAAAUACAUACUGCUGGAACCAGUAAUGCAGAUGUUCCUCUGGCUGACCCCGGAAUGUACCAGUUGGACAUUACAUUAAGAAGGGGCCAAAGUUUAGCUGCCCGAGAUCGAGGAGGGACGAGUGAUCCAUACGUGAAGUUUAAAAUUGGAGGAAAAGAAGUUUUUAGAAGUAAAAUAAUACACAAGAACCUCAAUCCUGUGUGGGAGGAAAAAGCUUGCAUUCUUGUUGAUCAUCUUAGAGAGCCAUUGUAUAUAAAGGUCUUUGACUAUGAUUUUGGACUACAGGAUGACUUUAUGGGCUCAGCCUUUCUGGAUCUCACACAAUUGGAGUUAAAAAGGCCCAUGGAUGUGACCCUAAGUCUGAAAGAUCCCCACUAUCCUGACCAUGACCUUGGAAUCAUUUUGCUUUCAGUCAUUCUUACCCCUAAAGAAGGAGAACCCAGAGAUGUGACAAUGCUAAUGAGGAAGAGUUGGAAAAGAUCAAGUAAGGAACUCUCAGAAAAUGAAGUGGUUGGAUCUUAUUUCUCUGUGAAGUCUUUCUUUUGGAGGACAUGUGGCAGGUCUGCUCUUCCUGUCCCAGGCUUCUGCAGAGCAGAGCUUCAGCGUCCUUAUUGCCAAAAUGCACAAUUUCAGACCCAAAGUUUACAUCUGUCAGAUCUACACAGAAAAUCACAUCUUUGGAGAGGAAUAGUCAGUAUCACUUUGAUUGAAGGACGAUCUCUCAAGGCAAUGGAUUCAAACGGGUUGAGUGACCCCUAUGUGAAGUUCCGCCUUGGGCAUCAGAAAUACAAGAGCAAGAUUAUGCCAAAAACUUUGAAUCCUCAAUGGAGGGAACAGUUUGAUUUUCAUCUCUAUGAAGAAAGAGGAGGAGUCAUUGAUAUCACUGCAUGGGACAAAGAUGCUGGGAAAAGGGAUGAUUUUAUUGGCAGGUGCCAGAUCGACCUGUCAGCUCUCAGUAGGGAGCAGACACACAAGUUGGAGCUGCAGCUGGAAGAGGGUGAGGGACACCUGGUGCUGCUGGUCACCCUGACAGCUUCGGCCACAGUCAGUAUCUCUGACCUCUCUGUCAACUCCCUGGAAGACCAGAAAGAACGGGAGGAGAUAUUAAAGAGAUAUGGCCCAUUGCGGAUAUUUCACAACCUGAAAGAUGUGGGAUUUCUCCAGGUGAAAGUAAUCAGAGCAGAAGGGUUGAUGGCUGCUGAUGUCACAGGUAAAAGUGAUCCGUUUUGUGUAGUAGAAUUGAAUAAUGAUAGGCUGCUAACACAUACAGUCUACAAAAAUCUCAAUCCUGAGUGGAACAAAGUCUUCACGUUCAACAUUAAAGAUAUCCAUUCAGUUCUUGAAGUGACAGUUUAUGAUGAAGAUCGGGAUCGAAGUGCUGACUUUCUGGGCAAAGUUGCUAUACCAUUGCUCUCUAUUCAAAAUGGUGAACAGAAAGCCUACGUCUUGAAAAACAAGCAGCUGACAGGGCCAACAAAGGGGGUCAUCUAUCUUGAAAUAGAUGUGAUUUUUAAUGCUGUGAAAGCCAGCUUACGAACAUUAAUACCCAAAGAACAGAAGUACAUUGAAGAGGAAAACAGACUCUCUAAACAGCUGUUGCUAAGAAAUUUUAUCAGAAUGAAACGUUGUGUCAUGGUGCUCAUAAAUGCUGCCUACUACGUUAAUAGUUGCUUUGACUGGGAUUCACCCCCAAGGAGUCUCGCUGCUUUUGUGCUCUUUCUCUUUGUUGUCUGGAACUUUGAGCUCUACAUGAUACCACUGGUUUUAUUGUUACUGUUGACAUGGAACUACUUCUUGAUAAUAUCAGGGAAAGAUAACAGGCAACGUGAUACAGUAGUAGAGGACAUGCUGGAGGACGAGGAAGAAGAAGAUGACAAAGAUGACAAGGACAGUGAAAAAAAGGGAUUUAUAAAUAAAAUCUAUGCCAUCCAGGAGGUAUGUGUCAGUGUCCAGAACAUCCUAGAUGAAGUGGCUUCCUUUGGCGAAAGGAUAAAGAAUACUUUCAACUGGACUGUCCCGUUCUUAAGCUGGCUGGCCAUUGUCGCCCUCUGUGUAUUCACAGUCAUCCUGUACUUCAUUCCACUGAGAUACAUUGUCCUUGUCUGGGGCAUCAAUAAAUUUACAAAGAAGCUUCGGAGUCCAUAUGCAAUUGAUAACAAUGAACUACUUGACUUCCUUUCCAGAGUCCCUUCAGAUGUACAAGUGGUGCAAUACCAAGAGCUGAAACCAGAUCCUUCUCAUAGCCCAUGUAAAAGGAAGAAAAACAAUCUGGGAUAGCCAGCUCCAAGCACCGAGGAGACCAGCAUCUGUUUGGGAAGAUAAAAGAAAAAGCCUUCAGCCUCAGCAGUAUUUCCUUUCUUUCUGCUUUUUAUUUAUUUUGUCUUCUUUUUUUUUUUUUUAUCAUGAUCGAGAGGAUUUGUAAAUAGUAUACAAAAGCAUAUGACUUUAAAAAUGUACUUCCGUUGUACAGAAUCAAUUUGAUAAAAGUUUAGCUCCUGCUGUGUGAAUGCCUUGUUAGCUGUGGGUAAUAAUAUAACACAUUGAAACACAAAAAAUGUAAGAAUGAUGAUAGCACUGGAAGAUACACACGUCUCUAAUUACAAGUGGAGGAACCAGAAUAUUAGAUUAAAUGCUCAGCUGUGCUCUGAUUAAAUCUACAUAAAAUGUAAAUGUCAAUUUCAUUUUAAAGUUUUUUCUUUAAUGUAACUAUUUUUUAUCCAAAAAGUAAUCCAUUCCAGUUUUCUAUGUUUUAUACAUUUUAAAAGGGGGGAAAUCCCAAAACCUGAAAAAUGGAAUGGAUACAUUUCAGCUUAACAUAGAUUCUGACUUCACAUCCUGAGCAAAUUCACUCCUGUGCAAAUUAUUUCGAUAUGACUAGGCUGAUUUUCUUAUAGCAACCCUGUACAACGGUGGAGAACUGCCUCAUAGGGUUUCCUAGGCUAUAAUCUUUACUGGAGCCAGUUGCCAGGUCUUUUCCCCAACGGAGCCACUGGGUGAGUUUGAACUGCUGACGCUUCGGUGAAUCGGAAUUGACUCUACGGCAUACAACAAGAGGCUGAUUUCAAGCUAACGAGUUAAAGUACAUUCACCCCCUCAAGAGAAUCUUCAACCUUCUGAAAUUCUAUAAAGAAAACCUUCAAACCUUGUAUCAUUCCAUCUAAAAGCUAAAAAUCUCUACAGGACUACACAAAAAUACUGCCAGAUUUAUAAAUGAUUGCCUAAAUGAAUUUUAUAUGUGCACCACUACUUUAAUUUAUACUGAUACAGUAAAUUAGCAACCCUGUUCAGCUGUCAAAAAGACUAGCCAACUAAAUCUGUAUCGCUGUUGGUGUCAUAUUUUGCCUUUUAUGCAUAUAAAAAAAAUGUAAUACUCAAGUGUUCUCACAGAAAAAAAAGGUAUUUGCUUUCUUAUUAGGUUACUAAAAUACUUUAAUGCAUAGGAUGAUUUUUGUUAUUCGUGUGAAUUUCAAUGUGGAGGAGAAUGCGGUGUGCAGAGUGAUAUGCCAGUGUUUCAUUACAUUCAUUUAUGGAAAAAAUAAUCAUUCUUGGUAACAUGAAUGCAUGAAAACCUGUUUUGUGAAAUAAACUGCUUAUGGGGAGAGGGGCUUGCCUUUAAAAAUGUUUCACUGCUUAUCAUAGAAUCUAUACUUAAAAUUGCAUUCCUAAGACUCUUUAAACGGUAGUUUUUGCUACUUACUCUCUGGUAUAUCAGGGGAGUAUACCUCUGGAGAGAACAAUCAUUUGGUGAGAAUGUCUCACUUCCCUGACUUAGUAGGGGGUGAAGCGUGGUUGAAAUUGCUGCAGACAGUGUUUUGCACUACUUUAUUACUAAUAGACUGGGAUGGGGUCAGGGUGGGGUUAUGCUGGAAAAAUAUAGAAAAGCCAGAAGCAAGAGAUAUGUAUUUCAUUCUAAAGGAGGAUUCUUUAAAAAAACAAUUUAAUCUAAUCAAAGCUUAUUUUUAAAGUAUUUUUAUUUUAAAGAUACGUUGUUAAAUACUGUUUCUUAUGAUAAAACUAUUUUGAUCUGUUUAUACACAAUGCGUGAAAGAAUGUCAAUUAAAUUCCCUUUCUACAGAAAGGCUUUGACCUCAAUAUGCUCUAUUUAGCGCAUCAUGUUUAUAAUGACAUGCUUACAUCUGAAUUCCAUGAAGUUGAUGUUACUACAGAAAUUUUAUUGAUGGGACAAUUGGUUUGAAAUAACUUUUGAUUAUACCUUGCGUGAAAUUUAUGUUCUGUGCUGACAAUGUCUACUAUUCAGAUGUCUGCAAGCCUAAUACUCUAUAACCUCAAGUGUACCUAGUAGAGAGUAACCAUUAACAGAUGACUAAUUAUUGUUUGUUUCAUUGUAUCAAAUUUCAGAUGUUUAGUUCAAUGGUAAUGUUGAAUACACAUAUUCACUGCAUUAAAUACAAAAGAAAAUAAUCUUUUCUAAGUAUAAUCAGUACUCCUUUUUCUCCCUCUUUUGGUUAGUUUUUGAUGGUUGAGGGAAGAGUGAUGGUGGAUUAUGUACAUAUUCUUAUAAAAGACACUUAACUUAGAGACAGGUUUGGUUUGGACAAUCAACGUUUUCCCUGAUACCUUGGCUAUAUGUAUAAAAUGGAAACCCUGGUGGUGUAGUGGCUAAGUGCUAUGGCUGCUAACCGAAAGGUCUGCAGUUCAAAUCCACCAGGCGCUCCUUGGGGCAGUUCUACUCUGCUUUAUAGGGUCACUAUGAGUUGGAAUCGACUCGACGGCAAUUUUUUUUUUUAAUGUAUAAAAUACAGUACCUUCAGAGGGGUGAGCAUCCAAUGAAACUGAUAGAAGAGUAAAAACUGUCUUGGGACAUGAAAGUGAUACUAAGGAGAAUCUUCUUGCUUUUAGAAGCUACUGCGUUCAUAGGCUGAAGAUAGAUUGUGUCUGGUAGGAUUUUAACUAUUUCAUUUCCCCUUUCACAUUAAGUGCAAUUUUGCCUUUUGAGAACUGCCUCACUUGCCUUGAUUUUGAGAGUUUCAGCAUUUAAAUAUUUCAAGCUGUCUCUAGCUAGAUUAGAUGUCAUUCUAACACCUAUUUGGAUUGCUAAAUAUAGUACCCCCAUUGCCAUCCAGUUGAUCCCUACUUAUAGCGACCCUAUAGGACAGAGCAGAACUGCCCCAUAGGGUUUCCAAAGAACAGCUGGUGGAUUUGAACUGCCAUCCUUUUAGUUGGCAGUUGAGCCUUUAACCAAUGUGCCACCAGGGCUGCUAAAUGUAGUAGUCAUUGUGAACUACUAAAUAUUUUCCUCAGUAUCUUUCAGUGAGUGAGUUCACUGAAGGUCAUUAACUGUUUACAUUCCAAGUUACUAUUAUUGGAGCCCUGGUGACAUACUGGUUAAGAGCUCAACUGCUAACCAGAAGGUUGGCAAUUCAAAUCCACCAGCUGCUCCUUAGAAACCCUAUGGGGCAGUUCUACUCUGUCCUAUAGGGUUGCUAUAAGUCAAAACCAACUCACCGGCACCUAACAACAACUAUUGCCAUAAAUUGUGAUAGUUCCUAAGAAAUGCAUAUAAGUGCAUUGUAUGUAACAUUUUCAAUUAUAAAAAGAGUACAGUACUCCUUGUUCAUGUUGGCACUAUUCCACUCUCAAUAGUUUCUAUAGUGAUUUCCAAAUGAUUUUUGAAACAUUGUGUGUCAUGUAUACUUGCACUAGGAUGAUCUGAGCUGGGAGACUAAGUGACUUCACUUCAUGAUAUAUGUACAGAGUGCAUACUUUAUGACCUCUCUUAUCACUGGCAAUUGUCAAACCAAUGAUAGUCUAGUAAAACCAAAUCUGGAGCUGAAGUCAAAUUUGAUAGAUUUCUAAAAGUAAUUUUUAGCUUUUUACUUUAUAUUUAAAAGUGAAGAAAAAUCCAGGGACCAUAGGAACUUUUUUCCACUUUGAUUUCAACAUUAAAAUGUCUCUGAUGCUGAAAGUUGCCUACUUCUGUAUUAAGUUUUAUUGAACAGGUUUUCGUAUCAGUUUAUACACUUGUUAAAUCUGCCUAAAGAGUCAUAAUCUUUGCAAAUUUUGUACUCACUCACAUAAAAAAAAGUAUAAGGCAGUUGAUGCACCAGUUAUGCAAAAACCAGGGCUUCAAACCAGUUCAUUCUGGUUCAAACCGCUGCUGAGAAUUUGCAUUUCUACCCCAGAUAUAAUGAAUCAGAGUCUACAUUUUUUAACAAGAUCCCCAAGUGAGUCUUAUCUAUAAUAAAUUUUGAGAACCACUGCUCUACUAGUGGAAACCCUGGUGGCAUAGUGGUUAAGUGCUAUGGCUGCUAACCAAGAGGUCGGCAGUUUGAAUCCACCAGGCGCUCCUUGGAAACUAUCAGGCAGUUCUACUCUGUCCUAUAGGGUCGCUAUGAGUUGGAAUUAACUCGAUAGCAGUGGGUUUGGUUUUUUGGUUUUGGCUCUACUGGCAGAUUUCAGAAUUGGUCCCUAACCAGUAGCAUUGGCAUCACCUGGAAUCUUGUUAGAAAUGCAAAAAACCCACUAUUAUACUUUUUUUUUUUUAAGUUUUUUAUGCUUUAGGUGAAAGUUUACAGCUCAAUUUAGUUUCUCAUUCAAAAAUUUAUACACAAAUUGUUUUGUGACAUUGGUUGCAAUCCCUGCAAUGUGUCAGCACUGUUCCUCUUUCCCUUUAAAACCCAAGUUCCCCACUCAUCUAGUUUUCCUGUUCCUUUCUGCCUUGUCUUUGCCCUUGGGCAGGUGUUGCGCUUUUGGUCUCAUAUAUUUGAUUGAACUAAGAAGCAUGUUUGUUUUAUAGGCCUGUUUAAUCUUUUGCUGAAAGGUGGACAUGGGGAGUGCCUUCAGUUCUGAGUUAGCAGGGUGUUCAGGGGGCCAUAGUCUUGGGGGUUCCUCCAGUCCCUAUCUUUUUUUGGAAAAGCCUCAGGUAUUAUUAAGUGUGGUCUUUUUUUCUGAAUUUGAAUUUUCUACAUUUUUCUCCCAUUCUGUCCAGGACCCUCUAUUUUGAUCCUUGGUGGUGGUAGCUGGGCACUUUCUAGUUAUUCUGGGCUCAGGUCGUUGGGGGCUGUAAUUCAUGUGGUCCAUUAGUCCUUUGGACUGAUAUUUUCCUUGUGUCUUUGGUUUUCUUCAUUCUCCUUUGCUCUAGACAGGAUUGGGCCAAUAGAUGUAUCUCAGAUGGAUGCUGGCAAGCUUUUAAGACCCCAGACGGUACUCACCAAAGUAGGAUGUAGAACUAUGUAAUGCCAGUUGACCUAGAUGUCCCCCAAGACCAUGGUCCCCAGCCCUCAGCCCCAGUAACUGGGUCCCUCAAGGUGUUUGGAAGUUAUCUAGGAAGCUUCUGUGGCUUUGCCUUGGUCAAGUUGUACUGUCUUCCCCUAGAAAUAUAGGGGCUGACUUCCCCCUAGAAAUAUAGAAGUCACCACAACUUGACUUCCCAUCAUACUUCUUGGAAAGGCCUGAGGUAUUAUUAAUUGAUGCUUGUUUAAAUUCCAGGCCUUUAAAUAAGUGUGUCUGGUCGCACACGCAGGUUUCCAUUAGAGUAUCUACAACUGGCUUUUCUAAUUCCUUAGUAGAAUGUGAAUUAAAACUACAUUAAAAAAAUAAUGUAAUGCCUGGGGCAGGGACUAGAAGGCAGGAGGGAACAGAAAAGCUGGUAAUAGGGAACCUAGGGUUAAGAAGGGAGAGUGUUGACAUGUUAUGGGGUUGUUAACCAAUGUCACAAAGCAACGUGUGUACUAACUGAUGAGACACUAGUUUGUUCUGUAAACCUUCAUCUAAGGUACAAUUAAAAAAAAAUAAUGUAAUGAAUUCUUACCGUAGUUUUACUCCUUUCAAUUAUAAUUCUUUUGCCCAGAAUGGUGUUAACUCACCAGAGAGGAAAAUAAAUAAAACACUCUUGUAUUUUGGUAAAAAUGUUACUGUUUUAUGCCUCAGUUUCUAUAUUUGUACAUUGGCAAUUUAUAUAGUGGAAGUCACAUCAUAUAACUUAUUGCAUCUGAAUCUCUGAAAUUUAAAAAAAAAUACCAAGAAAAAUCUCUCAUUAUGUAAGAAUACUAUGCAAAUAAAAACCAUUAAAUGCCCAGGCAUAUGAUAUAGAAAUGAGCAACACUGUGAAAGGUUUGCUCUAAUUUAAUGAUUAAAUCUAUGCUUUUCCAAGGGGAUCUGGGUUAAGUACUAAAAAAAUGAAACAAAUACUUAAUUGGUGUUAAAUGAGUUUGAAUUUAUUGGGAUCGUCCUUCCUUCACAUUCUAAACCUUCAAAAAAAAAAUGAAGUAUUCUAUUGCAUGCACAGCAGUAUUUUUGUAAAGACACUUAGGGUUUUUUUUUAUUAUUAUUUAAAUGAUAGUUCUUUCUGUCUCCAAGUGGCACAGAAAAAUUACAUAACCCCAUUUUUGAAAAAGUAACCAAAUUACACUGUUCUUUUGCUCUAGUCAGUCCAUAGGGUUACCGAUUAAGCUGAAAGCUCUAUUUGUAUUGGGAAAAACAGCUAUGGUCUAGAGAAGUAGCUACACAAAAGUUUUUUUCAGUUUGCAGCAAAAAUGAAAUCUCAAUGUAAUUCUUCCCCUGCUGUAGAUUGUUGAAUAUUCCUUCAAAAGAGAAAAAGAGUGGCCAACCUGGCAAUCAAUGAAUGAACAUGGAAGCCACCUCUUUUUUUGCACAGGAGGAAUCCAUUUGAUGAGAUCUAGAGACCUGGCUGAGUGUCGCUACUAGUGAAGCAAGAUAAUGUAGGCUCAGUUACAAAUGACAUGAGUCAAUUUGUGGCAUUUUAUUUCACCAGAGUUCAAAUGGUAACCAGUUUGGAGAAAAUGCUGUAUGCAUAAAGAAGUACACCUGGCCUCAACUGAGGGCUUCAAACUUGUUCCAACCCCUGCUCAGAAUUUGCAUUUCUAACAAGUUCCCUGCUGAGGAUUUGCAUUUCCACCCAGAUAUACUGAAUCAGAAUAUGCAUUUUAACAAGCUCACAAAUGAUUCUUAUACGUAACUUUCUAAGAACAGGUUCAAAGGCCUGCCUCAACUACACUCAGUUGUUUGCAUUAUCAAAGGCACACCUGAGGCAACAGUUAAGUGUUAUUACAGAGACAGCUGUCCUACAGAAGAAAGGUGUGGGAAAGGAAAUGCCAAUAUUUGUCUCAAGGAUCUCUCCUCUUUUAAGCUACUCCAAGAACUGGAUAUCUUAUAAUUAAACUCUACAUCAACGUCCACAAAACAUACUCUCCUUUAUAAAGCAGUCGUGAUUAUGACAAUUCCAAGUCAAAAUUUGUGUUUAACUUGUAAUACGGUUGUCGUUGUUAGGUGCUGUUGAUUCCAACUCAUAGCAACCCCAUGCACGACAGAAUUAAAUACUGCUGGGUCCUGCACCAUCCUCACAAUCAUUCUUAUGUUUGAGCCCAUUGUUACAGCCACUGUGUCCGUCCAUCUUGUUGAGGGUCUUCCCCUUUUUCGCUUAUCCUCUACUAUACCAAGCAUGAUGUCCUUCUCCAGGGAGUGAUCCCUCCUGGUAACAUGUCCAAAAUAUGCGAGAUGUAGUCCGGCCAUCCUUGCUUCUAAGGAGCAUUCUGGUUGUACUUCAUCCAAGACAAAUUUGUUUGUCCUUUUGGCAGUCCAUGGUAUAUUCAAUAUUCUUCCCCAACACCACAAUUCAAAAUCAUUAAUUCUUCUUUGGUCUUCCUUAUUCAUUGUCCAGCUUUUGCAUGCAUAUGAGAUGACUGAAAAUACCAUGGCUUGAAUCAGGCGCACCUUAGCCCUCAAGGUGACAUCUUUGCUUUUCAACACUUUAAAGAGAUCGCUUGCAGCUGAUUUGCCCAAUGCAAUGCAUCUUUCGAUUUCCUGACUGCUGCUUCCAUGGGGGUUGACUGUGGAUCCAAGUAAAAUGAAAUUCUUGACAAUCUCAAUCUUUUCUCCAUUCAGCAUGAUGUUGCUCAUUGGUCCAGUUGUAAGGAUUUUUUGUUUUCUUUAUGUUGAGGUAUAAUCCGUACUGAAAGCUGUGGUCUUUGAUCUUCAUCAGUUAAGUGCUUCAAGUCCUCUUCGCUUUCAGCAAGCAAGGUUGUGUCAUCUGCAUAAUGCAAGUUGUUAACGAUUCUUCCUCCAAUCCUGAUACCCCAUUCUUCUUUGUAUAGUCCAGUUUCUCAGAUUAUUUGCUCAGCAGACAGAUUGAAUAGGUAUGGUGAAAGGAUACAAUGUUGACACACACCUUUCCUGACUUUAACCCAUGCAGUAUCCCCUUGUUCUGUCCAAACAACUGCCUCUUGAUCCAUGUACAGACUCCUCAUGAGCACAAUUGCAUGUUCCAGAACUCCCAUUCUCUGCAAUAUUAUCCAUAAUUUGUUACGAUCCACACAGUUGAAUGCCUUAGCAUAGUCCGUAAAACACAGGUAAACAUCCUUCUGGUAUUCUCUGCUUUCAGCCAGGAUCCGACAUCAGCAGCAAUGAUAUCCUUGGUUCUAUGUUCUCUUCCAAAUCUGGAUUCAAUUUCUGGCAGUCUCCUGUUGAUAUACUGCUACAGCCACUUCUGAAUGAUCUUCAGCAAUAUUUUAUUUGCCUGUGGUAUUAAUGAUAUUGUUCGAUAAUUUCUGCAUUCGGUUGGUUGACCUUUCUUGGUAAUAGGCAUAAAUGUAGAUCUCUUCCAGUCCGUUGCCCAGGUAGAUGUCUUCCAAAUUUCUGGGCAUAGAUGAGUGAGCACUUCCAGUGCUGCAUUCGAUUGUUGAAACAUCUCAAAUGGUAUUCCACCAAUUCCCAGAACCUUGUUUUUUGCCAAUGCCUUCAGUGCAGCUUAGACUUCUUCCUUCAGUAGCAUCGGUUUCUGAUCAUAUGUUACCUCCUGAAACGGAUGAACAUUGACCAGUUCCUUUUGGUAUAGUGACUGUGUGUAUUCUUUCCAUCUUAUUUUGAUGCUUCCUGCGUCCUUUAGUAUUUUCCCCGUAGAAUCCUUCAGUACUGCAACUUGAAACUUGAAUUUUUUCCUCAGUUGUUUGAGCUUAAGAAAUGCUGGGCAUGUUCUUCCCUUUUCAGUUUUCUAUCUCCAGGUCUUUGCACAUGUCAUAAUACUUCGUCUUCUCGAGUCACCCUUUGAAAUCUUCUGUUCAGCUCUUUUAUUGCAUCAUUUUUUUCCAUGUAAUACUGCCACCAUGGAAAAUAAUUUAUCGGUGUCAAAAACUAACAAACACUUAAAAAUUUUUACAAAGGUGAGAGUAUCUAUUUCCUAUUACACAGGGAGGGAUAGUGUUUGUGAUUUUGCUGACACCUGCCUAUGACCACCUGUACACAAUGGUAUACCUACCCCUCAUCUUUGUCUUAGAACUCUUAUCAACUAAGUUUCCAUUAACAUGGAGAUCUAGCAGGCCAUAGCAAGGCCUCUGAAGCACAUGAGAACCUACCUAGAAAAGUCAAAUACUAUGCAUAUUUAAAGAAGUAGUUUUUAAAUAGAUCGUUGUGGUGUUCCAUUUUAUUUGUUGGAAGUUGCUGAAUGUUAUUUUUAAAUUUUUCCUAUAGGAUGUACAUGAGGGGAAAAAAAAGCUUUUUCAGAAAUAACAGAGAAAACCUUUUUUUUUUCUUUUUUGAUUGUGAAACAUCCAGUACUUGAUAAUUUAACCAAGAGCCAAGCAGACUGACCCUUGUGGGGUGAGAUACCAGGCACACAGCAUCUAUCCUUGUGGCGCUGUAAUGCUAAUACAAAGAAUGCACGCGUGCUUCAUCUCCCAGGACCCACUUAUAUUUUAUCUCCCAUGACUGUGACAACAACCCUGACAAGCAGGUGAGAAAUCUCACCAAAAAAAAUUAUGUGGUACUUUCCAGUCUACUGUACUUGUGAAAUAGGUAUCCAAUAGAUUUAUAUAAAAGUUAUAAAAAUAUUGUUAUUUUGAGUUGUACUACUCAAAACGGAGCCCUGGUGGCGUAGUGGUUAAGCGUUCAGCAGCUAACCAAAAGAUCGGUAGUUGGAAUCCACCAGCCCCUUCUUGGAAACCCUAUGGGGCAGUUCUACUAAGUCCUAUAGGGUUGCUAUGAGUCGGAAUCGACUUGACAGCAAUGGGUUUUUUCAAUGGAUUUACUCAAAACAGUACCUUAGGGGAAGGCAUUUUUUUUCUGGCCUUUGCAGAAGAGGUGCAAAAUAAUGCGCUCUGGAGGACAGUGGCAAGACAUUUCCACUCAGAAUUCACUCAGCAGAGGGCAAGCUGUUUAUAUUUGCAUUAAUGUUGUCAAUAAUAAAACCUAAAUUAUAAAGUGGAUUUUUUCCCAGAUCUAUGAAGACAGAUGAAAAACAAUCUUAAUUUAGUAACAUAGUAGUGAAUGCCCUUUAAAGGCAUGUAAGAUACAGCCUUUGAUAAAUGUAGCCAUCAUUUAAUCUCAUCAGUUUCACUCUGCUUUUGUGUGUUGAAUAAUCUGAAAAGAUCAAGCAAAGAACAAGUAAUUCUUCACGUUCCAUGAAUACUUCUAAAAUCAGAAGAGGCAGACAGUGAAGAUAUGUUAGCGUGGCUCCACAUCAUAUCCACAUAAAGAAAUUUAAUCUUUAGCAAUUUAAGAAACUUACUGAAGAGUAAUGACACCCCAACCCCCACCCAACAAACAUGGUGAGAAUCUGCUUUGAAGUGGUUUAAUAUGAAGACAGAAGCUGUGGUGACACACUGGUUAAGCGCUUGGCCACUAUACGAAAGGUUGGUGGUUCAAACCCAUCAGCUGCUCUGUGGGAAAAGAAUGGCAGUCUGCUUCCGUGAAGAUAUGCAGCCUUGGAAUUCCCAUGGGGCAGCUCUCCUCUGUCUUAUAGGGUCUCUAUGAGUCAGAAUCAACUUAAUGACAAUGGGUUUGGUUUGGGUUUUAAUACAAAGACUACAGGUGCGUAUCAGUAAAAAAAUGUCCUAGUCCCUUUCAAAGGAGGAGCGUAUAGUGUAAAUGUAUUAUUUGAGAUCUUCAUUAGAUAAUGCUAAUGAUGUUUUUUAAUUACAUCCCACCUUGAAGAAAAAUGGCAUAUAUUAAAACUGCAGUUUAUAUUUUAAAAAUCCAGUAGAUGGUAGUGUAAAUAAGACAUUUUCAGAAAAGUUUCAAGGCUGAUUCUUAGGAGUAUUACUUUAAAAAAUAAAAUUGUUACUGCAUUAUAAACAAAUGUAAACCAAGUUACAAGAAACUUGGAGAAGUGAAAAAGAAAUAUUCGAAAUUCUAUCACAUAAAACACAACCGUUAUUAGUAAUGUAUUUACUUUUUUCCUAUGUAUUUUUUGCAUACAGAAAAUAUUUAAUUACAUUUAAAGAGUUACUAUUUUAAAAAAGAAUUAAAAUUAGUCAAGAAAAGUGGUGCUUAGGCAACUAGUCUGACCACUUCUUAAAAACAGCUUUCUACUUCUCCUUAAGUCCACUUUCAUAUCCAAAUAUGAAUUUACAGUAUUUUGGAAGGGCGUAGAAAAGAACUAAAAUGAUAGGAACGCAAGAAAUUAGAAAUCCAGAUUUCCCUAACUUUGAAGAAAGGACUGGGGGUUAUUAGUCCAUAACAGUCUGUUUCUGAUGAUACCACUAAGAUUGCUGUUUUUAUUCUUUAGUUUUGAUUGAAUUUCAGCUAAAAGAACCUUCCACAAAACACUUAUCUGGACCCUUGGUUAACUGAACUUUAUUCAAAAUCUUCAAACACACAGUUUAUUCCUGGGAUUGGAAAUUUGUCUAUAUGCUUUUUGUCUGAUUUUUAUCUGCCUUCACUAACUUCUCUAUCAAUAUAUUAAACCAAAAACCUGUUGCUGUUAAGUAGAUUGCGACUCAUAGUGACCCUAUUAUAAGACAGAGUAGAACUGCCCCAUAGGGUUUCCAAGGAGCAGUUGGUGGAUUCAAACUGCCAAUCUUUUGGUUAGCAUCCAAGCUCUUAACCACUGCCACCAGAAGCACCCAAUAGCACCUGUAAAUCUUUAUCCUCUUGAUUCCUUUACACCAGAAUGUUUCCUAAUAAUUUUUCCCCUUAUGCUCUUGACCAAUUUUCAUCUUUUAUUAUUCUUUGACAUUUUCAUGAAAAGCUCCUUAAAAUACAUAAUUUACUUUUACCAAAUUUUAUUUGCUGCUCUGUAAUUUCGUCUCUGUGUUGUACAAGAGAAAAAUGCAUCUUUGGGACAAAUUCAGAUACCCAAGAUAAAUAUUUCAUCAAACAAAAACAAAAAAUGAUUCUAAAUCAAACUAUUGUGGUCAUUAGAAAAAUUUAUCAGAGUCAUGACAUCAACCAUUGUUGACCUAACCUUUAAGUUGAGAAGUCACUAACAACAAACUAAAUUCUUUUUACAUGUCACCACUUUAAGAUUAAUGAUCUUUUCCAACAUGACUAUUUCAUUUGGGGACAGCAGAAUGGAGAAGCAGUGGUAAUUGUAGUUCAUAUACUAUCAAGAUAAAUGAUAGUAUGAUAGGUGUAAAUUCAAAGCUGGAUUCCAGAUUUUCAACUUAUCUGUGGCACAUUAUUUUCUUAAACCCCAUUUCUCAGUAGAAGUAGAUCAUAUGUUCCAAAGUAGUCAUUUUCUAUUAAUGCUUAGCACCAAUUACGUAUUAAUGUUUAGUUGACCAAUUUAGAUAUUUUGGGAAGGAAGUUAGAUUAGAAGAGAUAUGGAUUCAACAUCCUAAAAAGAUUUGGGGGCAAUGGUACAAAAAUUAAAAAAUUUGGAGGAUACGUUUCAAUUCUUAUUGGAGUCAGCUAUUUGCAGAUGCUUGAAUAAGGGCCUUUUUUUGUUUGUUAAGGGCAAUAUUAUGUUAUAAUACACGUAUUGCAUACAUACUAAGAAUAUGAUAUACUUAUUUGAUUAUAUUGUAGUUACUUUUCUGACUUAAUACUGUUGUGUAUUAAUUCAGCAAAUAAAGACCCAGAAAAGAGUUCGCUAUGCUUUUUUUAAAAAAGUUAUAUAUAUAUAUAAUAUACAUAUAUACAUAUAAUCUUCAAUAGCAAAAAGAUAGCGUUCUUUAAAAAAAUCAAUUGUGUCUAGCACUAAGGGUUAAAACAUAGUGUAUUUAUAACCCAAACUAUAUAUCUACACAUUAAAAAAUAAAAAACCUACAGUAAUUCAAAUACACAAAAAAGUAGAAACUGCUUUUAACACAGAGUACCCUCAAAUAGCAGGAUUCUUCUGUGAUAAAAAGUUAAUCAUUUGUCUUUACAUUUAGUAAAUUUAACAAGUCUGUUUCUCAAACAAUUUAAUAUUUUUUUUCCCUCGAACAAUUAACAUAAAAUCAUGUCUGAGGAAAAAAAGAUGUGUAUGAGUCCUUAGGGCUUGGAGCUUUCAUAAACUAGGCAGCAUGAAUUAAAUCUAUUUUGGAUAUUCUGUAAGAUUAGCAUUUACCAUAAAAGGGUAAACUUUUUGAACAUGGAAUGAUCGAUGAUGUUAUAAAUAUCUCUUGUAAGAUCUUUUUUCUCUGAAUAGAAUUUGCAGUACCUUGAAAGAUGUAUGCUUGGAACCAUAUAAAACACCACCAAAAUUUUUUCUAAUUAACUUAUAGUCUAAUAAUCUCUAAUUCUAUAUAAGCAAAUAACCACCAAAGCGUAUCUUCCCACCACAAUUCACUUUAACCUACAAGGUGAUUUCCUGAUAACAUAAUUUGAUUUACAAGGAAUAGUUAACUAUUCCAUGUCUCCAGUUCUGACAUCACCAGGCACAGCCUAAUUCCAAUAAUACCAUCACUGACCUUUCUAACUCAAUCCACAUUUGUUAUAAAAACAAUUAUCAUUCCCAGUUUUGCAAGUUCCACAUCAGCAGGAGGUACGACUGGCAUGGAAGCUAUGUGAUAAAUGCCUGAGGGAAAGAGUGCCUCGUGUCACUCAAGGAUGACCCCUUCUUAAUGAUUAAGGAGCAACAGUGACAGGCUCUCAUCAGGUUCUUCGCUUAACUGGAAAGGUGUGCAAAGGAUUGCACAUUCCACCAAUAAUUUUUUCAUGUGAAGGUAUUCAUUUCAUUUAACUUUCUAAAGCAGCAUAAACAAAGAUGGCAAGCAUUUUGGGGGGAGUCUAUAUAAAGCACUCUGGUGUUAAUGCAUUUUUGUUUGCCUAGGAAUAGGUACCAGCAGUUCACCAAGAUUGCAAAAGCACACCCUACAUCCUAUCCAUUCUAAAACUGCUAAAAUAAUGCUGAUCAAAGGAUUAAACUAUCAGGCUCUUGAAUACUCAGAUCAUUUAAAAACUAAAACAGAACACCAAUUAUUAUUGCAAAUUUUAGAAACACACAAAAUCGAAAUUAAUUUUUUGAACAGCCUAUAUAAAAGACAAUAAAACAAUACCGAAGCCUGGUUUACCUUUCCGGACUGGGAGCCUUUCUUCUUUUGUGUAUGGUCAGCCCAUCAAACACACUGCAUGACACACAGAUGUUUAAGAAAUGUCAAAUUCAAAACACUGAUUAAUUUCACAUUUGACAUAUACGAAGAUAAAUGUUUUUCUGGUCAUCUACAGCAGCUAUGGAAAAUGUAUAUACUUGGACUACUUUAUUUGCAUAGUGAAAUGAAGAGUUAAAAAGCUAGAAAACUCUAACUUCAUAGAGGCCCUUUCUACUUUUACUGCCAGUAAAAUUUCUAAAAUCUUUCUAUACUCUAAAUAUUUGCAGGGGUUGGGUGUGGGGGAAAGCUGACUCUUAACAGUUCAGAGAUAUCCUUCCAGGCUUUAUUUACAUUGUAAUAAGAGCUUUUUUAUACUUUUACAAUUCCAAGGAACUAUGAUACCAAAUCUGGCAAGAGUACACUAUAAAGCUUACUCAACCUUGUCUUCAGGUGCAACUUCUAGAAACCUACAACUAAAAACCAAGUACUCGGACUGAUUUAUUUUUUUAUUUAGAGUUUCCACACUCUCUACUUCUAAGAUAAAUUUGAGGUAUUUUUAUAUUUUCUAAAGUAAAUAUAAGAAAUAAUAUUGGAAACAAAAUUUCUUGUUGCAGGUUUAAACUAACAAAUGUUUGUGGGAAUUCUUAACUAGGCCACAGAACAUGGUAAACUGUGUUUGCCAAACUGGACUUUUGAAGAAGUGCAAAGUCGUACAGUGAUGAUAACUACUUAAAGGCACAGAUUUCAAUGGCAUUUGAGUGUUUCAUAUUUUGUCACCACGGCUUGUAGAAGUUGGCAGACAGAACAGUCAGUAAUAAAAUAUUAAUACUAAUUGCAACUAAAAUGCGAUAUUUCUUAUGAACAUCUAAUUUAGAAAAGUAAUUUUUCUUAAUAGUGCAAUACCCUAACUCAUAAAAAAAAAAAAAAAUGUUGAUUAUUUCAUUAAGCUGAAAUUACUACCAACUUGGGAGAAAGAUAUGACAGUCUGCUUCUGUAAAGAUUACGGCCUUGGAAACCCUAUGGGGCAGUUCUACUCUGUCCUAUAGGAUCACGAUGAGUUGGAACUGACUUGAGGGCAAUGGGUUAAGCAAUUAUUACCAAUUUAAUCAAAAGGUAAGAUUUAUGUGUAUAAUACAUAUCUUUUUUUUUUUUUAAGUUGUGCUUUAGGUGAAGGUUUAUGGAGCAAAUUAGUUUCUCAUUAAACAAUUAAUACAUAUAUUGUUUUGUGACAUUGGUUGUCAACCUUACGAUGUGUCAACACUCUCCUUUUCUAGACCUUGGGUUCCCUGUUACCAGCUUUCCUGUCCCCUACCGCCCUCUCAUCCUUACCCCUGGGCUGCUGUGCCCAUUUAGUCUCGUUAUGUUUUAUGGGCCUGUCUAACCUUUGGCUGAAGGCUGAACCUCGAGAGUGACAUCGGUACUCAGUUAAAAGAGUGUCCAGGGGCCAUACUCUCAUGGUUAUGUAUAAUACAUAAUAUAUCUUGCCUUUUGCUCAAAUGAUUCAUUAUGACCAAAUAGAAUCAGUGGAAAGGAAGUAACAUUUAUUAAAUGCCGUAUAAUGUGAUGUUGUUGGUUGCCCUUAAGUUGACUCCGACUCAAGGGACCCCAUGUGUGCAGAAUAGAACUGCUCCACAGUAUUCUCAAUGACUGUGACCUUUCAGAAGCAGAUUGCCAGGCCUGUCUUCCGAGAUGCCUGAGUGAAUUGAACUGCCAACUUUUCAGCUACUAGGCAAGUGCCUAACCAUUUGUGCCCCCUUAUAUAUGUGAUAGGCUAACUUAAUUGUAUCAUGACACAAAUUUGUUGUUGUUUGCCACUGAGUCAGUUCUGACUCACAGCAACCCUACAGGACAGAGUAGAAUUGUCCCAGAGGGUUUAACCUAGGGUGCAACCUCUAUGGGAGCAGAUAGCCAGGUCUUUUCUUCCCUGGAGGGGUUGGUGGGUUUGAACCCUGAACCUUUCAGUUAGCAGCCAAGUGCUUAACCAUUACAUCACCAGGGCUCCUCCAUGGCACAGAAACCUGGUGUUAUUUCCAUUUGACAGGAUAAGGAAACCAAAGAGAAAUUCAUUUGCCUUGUAAUUUAGCUAAUAAGAAACUAAACAAGGAUUUGAAACUGUCUGAAGUCAAAGUCUAUGUUUUUAAGUUUACAUUAGCUUACCAAACAAACAUAUCCCAAUGUUUUUUUACAAAUCAAGUGGCUACUCCUUAGAAUAAAAAUGUUCUUAUAUUCAUAAGCUGGGGAAACACGUUACUCCCUAUGAGUAUUUUAAUGUCCCUUAGAUAGUCUCCACUUCAUCAUGUUUCCUCUGAUACUUUGGCAGACUAAAUAAAUAUUAAAGGGGAUUUGUAUGAUGUCAGAUUUGAAGGCCAACUAGCAAUAACUAAUAAUUCUUAUAGUAUGUGUGAAAAAAUUACUGAUUUAAAAUAUAGAAAACAGCUCUGAUUUUUAUCCAGAGCUGAUAUACUAAUGUAAUAGUUUUCAACUUAGAUUAUAAACCCAGUAAUAAAAUACUGAGCACUUGUAUUUUGUUAAAAGAUCUAUUUCCAAGAUAAAGUUAAAGUGUGCUUCUUUAGCAGAUUAAUUGCUGUGAGAU